GAAGGUGUGAGUUUAAUUUGUUUGCUUUUCCCUACUAACUCUAGGCUACUUGACGCCGCCUACUCAAAGUAUGUGGGGCUAAGCAGCUUGGAAGCGUUGAUUAGUUUUCAAACUAGGAGGUUUCCUCUCUUUACACUUGCAAUGAGAAUACCAUGCUAAUGUUAAUCACAGCCACCAUUUCCAUAGAUUGGAAUCAAUGCCAACCAUGUCUGACUGCCAGACUGCCACAGCGGAUGAGGUCUGCCUUAGCCUGCAUUGUAGAGGUCAAUGAGAACCCAGAGGCCCCUCCCUGGACUCUAUCAACCCCAUGGACACCGAGCUGCACCUGGACUCUAUCAACCCCAUGGACACAGAGCUGCACCUGGACUCUAUCAACCCCAUGGACACAGAGCUCCACCUGGACUCUAUCAACCCCAUGGACACAGAGCUGCACCUGUACUCUAUCAACCCCAUGGACACAGAGAUGCACCUGGACUCUAUCAACCCCAUGGACACAGAGCUGCACCUGGACUCUAUCAACCCCAUGGACACAGAACUGCACCUGGACUCUAUCUACCCCAUGGACACAGAGCUGCACCUGGACUCUAUCAACCCCAUGGACACAGAACUGCACCUGGACUCUAUCUACCCCAUGGACACAGAACUGCACCUGGACUCUAUCUACCCCAUGGACACAGAGCUGCACCUGGACUCUAUCAACCCCAUGGACACAGAACUGCACCUGGACUCUAUCAACCCCAUGGACACAGAACUGCACCUGGACUCUAUCUACCCCAUGGACACAGAGCUGCACCUGGACUCUAUCAACCCCAUGGACACAGAACUGCACCUGGACUCUAUCUACCCCAUGGACACAGAGAAGGCUGACCAGUAUCAAUGCGGUGACGCUCUCUCGGGCGACCUGGGAGAAUGUUUCAUCCACUGUACAGUACUCCUAACAGCUGCAUAGAGCUCAUUAGCUAGACAGGUGAGGAUCACACUCCACAUUAAAGGUUGCAAUAGCACUGUCAAUGGCAGACUUGGUUACUCCAAACAAAUUUGGCUUUGCAUGUAGAAAUGUUGUGUAAUGCACCUUUAACAGAAAAUCACCUUCUAGUGUAAAUAAAUAAAUAAUAAAUAAAUUAUGCUGUGUAUAUGUAUGCUUCCUGAAGUCAAAUGACCAUAUCGCCCUCUAGUGGCC